AUGGACUGGAACCGUUCCAAAACGAAUGUUGGGGAUCAGGAUCUCACCAAGCGGACAUUACAGGAGGGAUUCAGCUCUCACGCCCUGGAGAGCCGUUUCCACGUUGAAUCGAGGCGCAUGCAAGAUUAUCAGAUAAUUACCAUGAGCAAUUCAGCUGACUAUCAAUUCACUAAAGGCGACAAUAAAGCGUGA